UAGAAGAAGAAGAUCUCCGAGCUCUGGCCUUCCCCGCAUUCACGGAGCUCUGCUGCUGUGCUGUACGCUGCUGGGCUGCACUCAGAUAAGGUGAGCCAGUCACGUCCCUGCUGCCUCCGGGCCUCCUCUCCUCUGCUGACCUGGCUCCAGAACGCUGCUUAGAGCCCGACCCUGCACUGGACAGGGCCGGCCCUGCCUCCUAUCCUCCAACCUGCCGGACCGCAGUACUAUAAGGCCCUGCCAGCUCCUCCCGUCGGGACCCACGCCGGGCAGAUGUAGAAGCCGCAGCAGUCAUCACAGGGGGACCGGCCGCUCCGGCCGUCCCCCGCUCACUCCUGGUGCCCUUCCUCGAUGGUCUCAGGCCUGACACCCCCUCCUCAGGGACGGCCGCACCACCACCCGGGCUGCACAGUGGGGAAAGGGCGGGGGGACUAGCAGCCGCCCCCCCCUCCUGCAUUCUCUGCCCUACGCCCCGACACCGUCCCCCGGGAAGCCGCACUGGAAGUGCCCAUACUCGCUGUACCUGCCAGCUCCCGGGAAGACCGCACAGGGCUCAGGCACCGCCGCCUGCUACGGGGACUGGGCUCAGGACUCAGACACUCCGGAGCCCUGGAUCUACGGGACCCGCGCCGCAAGCCAGGGAGGGGGUCAGCCUGUACCCCACUCCCGAUCCCCAGGACCCCCGGCACCUGUUCCUGCACCCAAGCAUCCCCAUGAGACGCUGCAGAAGCCUGGAGGUGGGUGAAAAGAUCAUCCAGGGAUGACAUGGCACCUUCUUCUCGCUUCUACACACCGACUGGGGACAUCAUGAUAAGGCUGAACACCUGGAAAACGUUUAAACUAUGCCUUAUAAGUGUUGCAUGUCUGACAAUGUUAAGUGUGUUUGAUGGCGGUGAUAUCAUCUUGGACACAUGGACAUGGUUCCAGCAGAACCUUCUCUAUUCCUUUACAAGUCAUAUCAUUAUCCUGAACUCUUCAUCCUCAGCCAUACAUCACCGCCAGGCAUUGCCUUAUCCACAUCCAUACAGGUUCCUAAUAAACCAACCCAAUAAAUGUCUGGCGAGGAGCCCAUUCCUAGUUCUCCUGGUGGUUGGAGAUACUCACAACGUGAAAUCUCGAGACAUCAUACGGACAACUUGGGGAAAUGUAAGCAACUACGGAGACAUUGACAUAGUGAGCCUCUUCUUGGUUGGCAUCUCUCCCGUCAUGACUUCGGCCAUACAGAAUCUCCUUGAAGAAGAGAGUACUGUUUAUGGGGACAUAGUUCAGCAGGAUUUCUUGGAUUCUUAUAAUAAUCUAACCCUAAAAACUCUAAUGGGAAUGGAGUGGAUAACAAAAUUCUGCCCUAAUGCCUCCUAUGUAAUGAAGGUGGACAGUGAUGUAUUCCUCAAUGUCGACUAUCUUGUCCACCAACUUCUCCAUCCAGAAUUUCCACCUCAAACUAAUUUUUUAACUGGAUAUAUUGUAUUCAAUUCAGGACCCAUACGGAUCAAAAACAGUAAAUGGUACAUAUCUGAGGAAGUGUAUCCUGGGAACAUAUACCCACCAUACCCAUCGGGUCCAGCGUACGUGUUUUCAGCGGACAUAGCUAAAAAAAUCUAUAAAGUGGCACAAGACCUCCUGGUGUUUGGCAUCGAAGAUGCUUUUAUUGGCAUUUGUUUGUACAAACUGAAUAUUCUACCUACAACAGCACCAAAAUAUGUGUUUCAUGGGCAGAAGAUCGAUUAUGAUCCCUGCAGGUUUUCUAGUCUUGUCAUGGUUCACCAUUAUAAGGAUAUUGAAUUGAAAAAUAUCUGGGAAGACUUUUGGGGGAAAAGAACUUUUAAAUGUUAACACUCUUUUCACAUUGUGAUCAGUGAGCUAUUUUUGCUACAUAUGCCAGAAAAGUGUCCUAGUGCAAACAGGCCCAUAGGUGGCACCCUACAUUUGGAUUUUUGGCCUCCAUUUAGCCACUAUGUCAGGGUUUACAUUUUUUACGGAAAUUAAAAGACUGAGCUAGUAGUGGAGUGUCUAUAUUACUCAUCAAAUCGCCCACCUUCGGUAAAGCCCUCCCUGGUCCAAAACCCCCAACUCAUCAACCUGCCCCCUUCUGGAAAAGUGACAAAUGUCCCACCGCUCCCUUAUCAUGGCCCUAACCCAUGCUAUGGAAGAUCUGUCACCCCUUAUACUCCACACAAGUUAACUCAAAAGAGUCUUACACCCAUAUGUGGUAGAGGGUGUGAGAUACAGGGCAGAUGGAAUUACCCUAUGGGCAGAUGGCAUUAACCCCUUGUAUUUGUGAUGCCAGGGCAUGGUUUAUCCUCAAUACCACCCGAAGGUAUACCGCUGGAUCCUGGGCUAGGUAUGGGGACAAUAAUGACUCCAACGCCAAGUUACAGUAGCUUUACUGAGGGUAGCCAGGUGGAAAAGUCUAUACAGUUCUGCCAGGCCCAUGGAGGUGAUCAAUGACUUCAGAGGUAAUCCGCUCCCCUGCGUCCGCAAAAUUCCACCUCACACCGAAAUAUUGAGUUCCUGAACGCUGUGUGCGGGCUUCCGUGUUCAGGCCCACUCCCUCAUGACCUCACGGCCUGCCCCAUCAAUGAAAAUCUAUGGGAAGGGGGCGCG